AUUUCUUUCUACCCCGUCACAGUGGGCCCUCCAGCUUAUGGUCAAUUACAAUUCGCAACUCAACUUUCUUUCUUUCUGCAACUUUUCCAUCUUAAACCUUUCAUUCAUUCUCCCUCUACUCUUCACAAGCCCUAAAUCCCAUCUCAUCUCAUCAAUCAACUUGCAUAUGAACAUGAACAUCAAUUAGGGCUCAAAAUCGACCACAAAGAUGUCCACCGUUGCAGAGCUUAAAGAGAGGCACAUAGCUGCAACUGAAACUCUCAAUUCUCUCAGAGAACGCUUGAAGGAACGACGGCUUCAGUUGUUAGAUACAGACGUUGCGAGUUAUGCGAGAGCGCAGGGGAAGACUCCGGUUAGUUUUGGCCCCACGGAUCUGGUUUGUUGCCGGAUUUUGCAGGGGCAUACUGGCAAGUUAGUUUGUUGUUUGUUGUUUGUUCUCGAGCUGGGGGUCUCUCUGGAAGCAGCCUCUCUAUCUCUAGGGAUAGAGGUGUACUCACUUGACUGGACUCCUGAAAAGAAUCGUAUAGUUAGUGCAUCUCAAGACGGAAGAUUAAUAGUUUGGAACGCUCUCACAAGUCAGAAAACCCACGCCAUAAAACUCCCAUGUGCAUGGGUUAUGACAUGUGCUUUUUCUCCAAACGGGCAGUCAGUUGCAUGUGGUGGUCUCGAUAGCAUGUGUUCCAUCUUUAACCUCAGCACACCGCUCGACAAAGAUAGUAAUUUACCGGUUUCAAGAACGCUGAGUGGACACAAGGGUUAUGUGUCAUCUUGUCAAUAUGUUCCGGAUAAUGAUUCUCACCUUAUUACCGGCUCUGGUGAUCAAACUUGUGGACUAUGGGAUAUAACUACAGGAUUAAGAACGUCUGUUUUUGGAGGGGAGUUUCAGUCAGGGCAUACCGCAGAUGUUUUAAGCGUGUCUAUCAACGGGUCAAAUACAAGAAUGUUUGUCUCUGGGUCUUGUGAUGCAACAGCACGUCUUUGGGACACACGUGUUGCAAGUCGAGCAGUAAGAACGUUUUAUGGCCAUGAAGGGGAUGUUAAUUCCGUAAAGUUCUUCCCGGAUGGAAACAGGUUUGGAACUGGAUCAGAUGACGGUACUUGCAGACUUUUUGACAUUAGAACCGGACACCAGCUCCAGGUGUACCCGCCACAUCAGCAAAAUGGGGAUAACAACACCCCUAAUCCUAACGUUACCUCUAUUGCUUUCUCCAUAUCAGGGCGUCUGCUCUUUGCUAGUUAUUCAAAUGGUGAUUGCUUUGUAUGGGAUACUCUAUUGGCAGAGGUUGUUUUAAAUCUUGGAACGCUUCAGAACUCACAUGAGGCUCGUGUGAGCUGUCUGGGUUUGGCUGCUGAUGGCAGUGCUUUGUGCACAGGAAGUUGGGAUACAAGUCUUAAGAUUUGGGCUUUUGGAGGGCACAGGACAGUGAUAUGAAUAUGGAAGAACGCGUGGUGGUAACUUGGUAACUAGUGGCUGGUUUGCAUCUUUCUUGGCACGUGUGUCUGUGUACGUUUUUAUUGGAUCUUGUGGAAUGAACAUAGACUAGACGGGUAGAGCAAAUAGUAAAUAUUUUUGCUUUAUUUUGCUUCACAAAGUUGAAGAUUGUUCAUAUUACAAUGGUACCAGUUUUUUAUUUAUUAAUCUUGGACUCUGAAAUCAAAAACUGGAAGUGUGCAUUAACUUUUAUAUUUUCA